AUGAUAACUACUCAAAGUGCUACGCAAAGCACGACAACGAAGCGUCGUGGGUCCGUGCACACGAACCUGUAUGAUUCUCAACAGUUUCCUAUGCUGAAGCUUAGUCGCAGCUUCGUAGGCUCAGGUUUAUCAGAUGAUGGGUUUGCAGAAAACCUGUUGGAAAAAACCGAUGAACGCCAAUCGCCACCUGAAAAAGGGCUAGAGUUGCGUGAAAAGCUUGUAGCACUCUUCCCACCUCAUGUUAAAGAGUAUUUACCCGAGAUUAACGUUCGUGUGACCGGGUUAUGUUGUCUUUGGUAUGUGACUUCAUCUGUGUCCAGUAAUCUCUCUAAGGCAAUUUUAAGCGGCUUCCCUCAUCCUGUAGCGCUUACGGAGCUGCAGUUUUCGAUAAGCGCGGCAUUGUGUUUUUUGUUCGUUACAAUGGCGAAUAUGUUGAGCUCUGAACGGGCCAAGAAAACAAACCUUUCUAGAGCAGUGUUGAGGUUCCCAGAGGGAAUUUUGCCUACUUACUUGAAUGGAAGCUUCACAGACUGCAUUUUGCACCGGUUUCUUUUCCCUUGUAAGAUGGGACUUACUGCUACUUUCCCAAUGGGCAUUUUCCAACUUGUUGGUCACAUCACGUCUCACAAGGCGACGUUUUUGAUACCCGUGUCAUUAGUACACUCUGUGAAAGCACUUUCGCCCAUUAUGACGGUGGCGUACUUCAGAAUUGCCAAGGGGAGACAAUACUCUCCGAUGACUUAUUAUACUCUAAUUCCUUUGGUUUUUGGAGUGAUCAUAACGUGCUGGUCCACACAUGGUCAUAAAAGUCCGUCUUCCGCUCUUAGCAAAGAUUCUAGUUUCAUGUUUGGGCUCUUUUUCGCACUCAUUUCUAUGGCCAUUUUCGUCUCACAAAACAUCUUCGCCAAAGGUAUCUUAACUGUCAAAAAAUCGACAGGCAUAUUACCAUCCAAAGCGGGCCAAAAGAAAUCCAGCCUUGACGAAAGAGAACUUUCGCCGUUGCAAAUUGACAAGAUAACAAUUCUAUUCUAUUGUUCCUGUAUCGGGUUUUUGUUGACAUUCCCACUUUUCAUCUCUAAUGAACUUCUCAAUUUACGCGGCGACAAAAGUGUGUUCCACGAUCUCAACUCACAUGUCAUUUUGCUUGCAACGAUACAUGGAAUUGCUCAUUUCUUCCAAGCAAUGCUCGCGUUCCAAUUAAUUGGCAUGCUGUCACCUGUGACAUACUCAAUUGCAAACAUCAUGAAACGUAUUGUCAUAAUAGGUGUUGCGUUAGUUUGGGAAUCAUCGCUUUCAUAUGGACAAAUCUUUGGAUUGGCCAUGACGGUAACUGGGUUGUACGGUUACGACAAAUGGGGCAUGCUCACGAAAUGA